AAAAAACUAUAAAUAAUACCUGGCAGGAAAGAUCAAUUCUACAAGUGCACGCACUUUCCUAGUUCAUUGACUUCAGGUACACAAACUACAAAGGAUAAAAAGACGAAGAUAAAUUUAACUGGCAGUAGAGAUUACACCACUUCUUUAAUUGGAUACCCUUACAGCCAGUCCUAUGGAAUAUAAUCACCAGUAUUAUUCAAACUAUUCCUCAGAUAUUGACAAUGUUGAUUAUGAUGAUGAUGUGAUGCUGAAAUUGAGGAAUUCAAGCGAAAAACUGAAGCAAGUCGUAGAGCACGUCAAAAAGCUAAACAAGACAUUGAACGUGAUAUGGAAAAUACAAUCACACGAGAUGUCCGUCAAUUAGCACGUAAAGCAUCUGAUACUGUACUCAAUGAAUACGAUGAGGCAAGACAAAGAGCUUGGGCAAGAGAUCAACAAACUUUGGAUUAUAUUGAUGAAAUAUUAAGAAAUGCUGACAAAGCACCAUAUUAUUUACCAUCUUCACAACUGAAUGUAAGAAGAAGUUCAUAUAACCGAUUUACUGAUAUGCGUAAUGGUGAGAUAAAUCAAUGAAACUGAAUACAAAUGAACGUUCAUCAAAUGGUCAUAAACAAAAAGAAUACAUAAAUUGCUAUAGACUGAGAAUGAAAGCGAAUCUGGAUAUACUACCGCCAGUCAACGGGAAAUUGAGAGAGUCAAGUUCAACUGAAACGGCAAGACAAAAGAUGAGAAGAGUAGAGGAACGUUUAGAAGGUAUUUUGGACUAUGAAUUACCAAGUGCUGAAAGUUUCAAGAAUAUGCGUCAUUCAUUGAGGGAUAUUCAUGAUAAAAUGUCAAAACAUCGAUUAAUUCUGGAUCGUUAUAAUUCACUAGACUCAGUAGACAAUGAUAAUGAUAAUCGUAAAGUAUCUGAGAGAAUAGAUGAAAAGUAUCGGGAAUUAGAAGAAAGAAUGCCGUGUUUAACUAUGUCUUCAAGAGCACAAGAAAAAGAGAAACGUACAACUCGUUUUGAUCCAACCUUCAUUCCAGGUUAUUCGACUGGUUUAAGUAUAACUAAUUCUGUACAGAAUGCAGAACUACGCGGUCGUAUUAGAUCAUUACUGUCACGGACCAAACGUACUGGUUAAAUGUGUGUCAAAGUCAAUCAAUCAAUGCAAAGAAGCAAUAAUUGUGCACGUUGAUGAUUAAUUAUAGGGCUUAAAACUAAUCUGCUAUACACAAUCUUAAUUAGACAACUUUAUAUUAUAUAUCAUAUAUAUAUAUAUGCAUUAUUAAUAAAGUUUAC